AUGUCCUGCCCAGACAGCUUCUUCUCGUCGACUCUCCACAAGGCUGCAGCAGCCACCGCGAUCCCGCUUGCAUUCCUGCGCAGCAAUACCUAUCCAGUCCUUCCUGGAGCGCUGCGAGACCCCCUGAACUCGUUUCAAAAUGAUCUCAAGCACUAUGACGACGAUAUAAAGGCUGUACGCACUAUCCUCGCGCGGCUCACGCAGGAGCGGGAAGCGCUGGCGCUCGUCACAGCUCCGUGGGCAGCCGUGUUUGCACCCAUCCGAAAACUCCCGAACGAGCUGCUGCUGCUCAUCCUGCACAACGCGGUGGGUGACAACGACACCGAAGGCAUCUACGACGAUGGCACGUGCAGUCGGUCGAUGGCGGUGCUUUCUCACACGGCGUGGCGCGGACUUGGCGCGGUUUGUCGGCAUUGGCUGGAUGUUAUCAAAAGCACGCCGUCCAUCUGGGCGAACGUGAAUGUGAUUGGGCUCGACUACAUGAGCGACUUUCAUGCCGAGAAGGUGCUGCGCCGGGCAAUGGCUCGCACGAAGGGGAUGCCGCUCCGCAUUAGCUUAGCAAUGCCACAGAGACUGGAGGAUACAACCGCGGUGCUCGUGCAGCAAGCAGAACGGUGGAAAGUGCUCACACUCUGGGCAGGCUAUGAUGAACUGAAGGAGCUGAUUCAACACAUCCCAGGGCGGCUCCUGGUGCUGGAAUCACUCGAUGUGCGACUUCUCAGCAGAAAGUAUGGAAGCGAUAGUAACCCGUGGGAGGACGAAAAGUGGACGCUGUUUGAAGAGGCACCGGCACUUCGACACCUGACCUUCCCAGACUUUCCGCCAUGCGUACCUUGGUCACAACUCGUCAAUGUCCAUAUGGUUUGUACACGGUUCGUGUACAACAACUUGGCAUUCCUCAAAAACUGUGCCCCGCACUGUUGUGUGAAGAUUUCUGGCGUCAGGGAAUCUAGUGUUGUCCCCAAGGUCUUCCCAUGGCAGACAGCACCACCGCCUCCUAUGCCUCCUGUUCAGGCAGACAUCGCUGGCUUGCACUUGAGCAUGAUGGGUGACAGGAGGCCUGGUAUCCCCGGGGUCCUUGGCCCGAUGCUCGGGUUUCUGGACCUCCCCCGGCUGAAAAGCCUCACCCUCGAGCGGUCUAAUACUGGGAACUCAUCCAAUGUACUUUGGGACACCAACGCGUUCGCGGCAUUUGCGCGCCGCUCACCACAUGUGACCGCGCUGCACCUGCGCAACAUGUCAAUCGACGUGCCACAGCUGUGCGAGGCCCUCCGCCUGAUGCCGCUCAUCGAGAUGCUCGACAUUGCGCUGCCUCUGCACUACGAGUCCCUCAUUGUGAAGGAAGUGCUGCGUUCGAUUGGCGAGGCGGAGAAGGGGCUCGUCCCGUGGCUGACUCGCUUUGCCUGGGAAGCCACCCAGCACUUCCCGGUCCCGCUGCUCGCCGAGCUCGCUAGCGCACGUGCACGCAAGAAUACGGAGGAUGGCCGGCGCGACGCAAAGACAGGGCAUGCGUUCGUGCUCCGGGUGGACUUCGACUAUCUGUCUAGCUGGGAUACACCUAAGCGAGAUGAAGUGAAGAAUUUAAGUAGACUUGUUGCGCCAUCUGUUGCCAACCAUGGCUUGCAGCUUACUACGACCGGUCUGUAUUAG